AUGGCUUACACAAAAGAUGACCGUAUUGCGUUUGGAGAUCAAACUAGGUUAGAUCCCUUUGAUGUGAUUGUAAAUGAUCUCAUCUCAGAUUUGGAUGGCGAUGACUUGACAUUUGACGAGAUUAUCAAUCUGUCGAGGACUUCACUCGGCGGGUUGUCCAAAAACAAUAUACAAAAUGCGACCCAUUAUUUCCAAAUUCUGAAGAAUAAUUUCGGAGAAGAAGACAUGCUUGAUUUUCUGAUCAAUGUGACAGAUUUUCAAAACUGGCAUCGUGACCUAGGCCGUAACAGAGUAGCGGAUAUGUUAAAAAAGUACAAAACGAAGUUUGUGGAACACAAACGAAGAUGUAUGCAGAUGGACAUAUUUGAUGUAAACUUCGUUGGACGGGAAAAUCAAAUCAAGGAUUUCAUCGAAAGCACCGUUCCUGGUAAGAAGAGUUCUUCCGCUGUGAGCAUUUCGGGCGCCGGAGGCAUAGGAAAGACUGCUAUUGGCAAUGAAAUUUGUCGUAGACUAUGGUCUUCUAAAAAGCACUGGCAGGUUAUCAAAAUUGAUCUAAGAGAGAAAGAUUCUAUGGGGGAUUUGUUGAAGGACAUUGUCUUGGAGCUCCAAUUGAAAGACGACGGCAUGUCAUCCGAUGACCUAUUAAACAGUCUUAAGGAUACCAAGGACAGCAAGAUGCAAGCCAACAUUUUAGACCACCUUAGUAAAAUCACUCGCAGAACAAUUGUCAUGCUGGAUAAUGUGGACGAUAUCAUUCACAAAAAUGAAAAUCAGUUUCUACAAUUCGUCCAAAAGAUAUUGGAGAAGUUACGAGAUACUUGUAAGGUCCGUAUCAUCGUUACAAACCGUGUAAACCUGCGUGACAUCUUCGAAAGAACAAUGCCUCACAUGAGGGAUUUAAUACGUAAUUUGGAAGUUGGACCGUUAGACAGGCAUCCCGCAAAGGAGCUAAUCAGAAAGUGUACUCCCAAGGACUUAGUCUCAGAAGCAGAAUGCGACAGUCUUGUUACACUGACUGAUGGCAUUCCUCUAGCUUUACGAACAAUAUGUAGUAUUCUGAGAAGCUGCUGUAGACAGGUGAAACCAGUUGAAAUUAUUAAUCAUCUGAGAAAAAAUAGAGUAAUCAACAUGGACAGAAUGGAGAAAUGCCUCCAGGAGAGUUAUGAUAGACUUGACGAAAACAUGAAGAACAUUCUGAUGCAGCUUACUUUGUUCAAGACCUCAUCCUUUGACAUUGAUGCAGCCGAUGCCGUUCUGAAGGAAGACAAUGCUCCAUAUUCACCAGUUCUUAAUACAAAGAUGAAUCUAUUCCACUUGAAAAGCCGUCAUCUCAUUGAAAUCCACGAUAUGACUGUUCAGACAGAGGGAAACUUGGAGCGGAACACAACACAAGAAAGACCUCCAGGUUUGGGAGACAGUGACAGAAACAUCCUGUACUCUCUUCAUCCUCGAAUGUUUGAAUUUCUAAUUCAACGUAAAAGUGAGUUUUCAAAUGUCAUGGAGCCCGCCAGAAUAAGGUUUGUGGAGUACAUGGAAAAUAUCAUUGGAAUUAUAGGAAAGGAACAAGAAAAUUCUUACUACAGUGUUGGAUCUUACAUGAGAGAGUAUAACGUACAUGUCCAGAGCUAUUUUGAUAUGAUACAGGAAAUUACAGAUGAUUAUGACACUGGCCGGUCAAACAUCCAAGCGUCAAACAGAAUAUUGGCGAUAGGAAGACGUACCCUUACACAAAACAGACAGCUGCGAUGGCUUGAGUGGGUAACACACAAAGCGGAGCAAAAUAACGAAAUCGAUAAAUUGUUCUUUUUCCGUGGCUACAUGAUACAGUUGCUGACUGAAAUGGAUGAUACUACACGCAUAUCUGACAUUAUACAUGUUACCGAAGAAAAACUUGAUGAGGCCAACAGCAGAUCCGACACCGCCAUAAAAGUAGCUCUAGGAAACUACUACUACAGGAAAGCUAUUUACUUCAGAAAAAUUGAAAGACGACAUGAUAUCUUAAAAAGCUUGGACAGAGCAAAGAAGUAUUUAGAGGACAAAGAACUCCAACAGGUAAUGGAGAGGAAUGAAAAUCUAAAUAUGAUUCUUGCCAAUGUCUUUAAUGACCUUGGUUGUUAUUUCUAUCUCUACGACAAUGACAAAUGCAGAAAGUAUCAUGAAGAGGCAAUAGAAAGGGCAUCUCUAUGGAGACGUUUUACUGAAGAAGAGCAUCCAGAUGUAGAUCGGUUCAGGAACAACCGCGCUGUUUGUUUGUUAAAAGAAAUAUUGGAUAAUACUUCAAAAGAUUCAUCACGUGAUCAGUACAUUAACGAGACUCUGGAACAUUUCGACAGGGCAAUAGCAGAGGGAAGAAGGCGUGGCACAGAUAACACAGACGAUCAUGCUGAAGCUUUGAGAAACAGAUCAAUCUUGUACCUUCAAUUAAAAAGGUAUGAGGAAGCAAAAGCUGAUGCAAAAAAAAGUCUUGAAGUACGAGAAAAGAUUCUGAAGGAGCCCCAUGUGUAUUUGACAUUAAGUUAUAGCCUUAUUGCCCGUAUCCUGUUUAACUGGGGAGACCAGAGGAUCCGUGACGAUAAAAUAGCUGAAGGUUAUAGCCUCCUUCAACAAUCUGUCACUUACUAUGACAAAACAAUGGAAAAGAUGAUGGAAGGAGGGAUGCCCACAGAUCAUGAUGAAUAUCCUGACAUCAAGAGAUUCCACCUACUAGCUGUCAAAAGAACAGACGCAAACAGGAAAUCCCGGUUACAACAGGAGUAUUCGAGAUUUGAAUGUAUACCAUCGACUAUUGUAUCCAACUGUAGCGUGAGUUCUGAAGAUUCUGAUAGUUUGCUUGAUAGUGCAGAGGAGAGUUACAGCAGUGACGAUCUGACAAAUGAAAAAGAGACGGACAGUUCUCAGUACUCUUCUGAUUCCAAAAAGAAUAAGGAGUUACAAGUAGAUGUAAGGAAGACUAUUGAUGACACCCAGCACUUCCCAACUCCAGUUUACCGAAAUAAAGAAAGAUAUGAACGCCAGGAGUCCGGAUACGUCAGUGGAGCAAGUGUACGCUCUCGACGUUUGUCCAGACAAGAAUCAUUUGAGAUUCUUGAACGACCUAGACUAACAUCAAAUACUUCAGGGUCUUCAGAAGAUGUCUUUUCAAGGAAACCAAGUUCACUGGAAAUGUCAAUGGAAGAAAUAAUGGCCAGUACAAGCAAGCGAAGAAGCCGUAUUCACCAGGUCGAUAAACACCAGGGGAAGCGGUUAAGCAGAGAUAGCAGUGAUAGGGGGACCCUUCACGUUACAGGGCGGAAAAAAGACAACACACCUGAAGAUCACAGCAGAGAAGGUGACUCAGAACCAGUGGUCAAGGUUAGAAAGAAGGACAGGUGUCAGCGUGAAACUGAUGUUUGUAAUUCUGAUAGCGACAGUUAA